CUGUUAUUGCCCAAGCGACAAAGAUAAAGACCGAAAUUUUCCGAGUUUGUGGCGUUGUUCUUACGAUUACAUGUACAUGUGUGGUUUUGAGGUACAAUUCUUCAUUCAGCAGUGUGAUCAGAAGUAAGCAGACAUGGACUUCCAGCACAGAGCUGGAGGAAAGACUGGUGUGGGGGGCGUGGCCUCAGCCUCAGAAUCAAACAGGGACAGAAGAGAGAGGCUGAGACAAUUGGCCUUGGAAACAAUUGAUCUAAAUAAGGAUCCUUACUUUAUGAAGAAUCACUUGGGGUCCUAUGAAUGCAAGCUAUGUUUGACACUUCACAACAAUGAGGGCAGCUAUUUGGCUCAUACACAAGGAAAAAAGCAUCAGGCAAACUUGGCUCGUCGAGCAGCCAAGGAAGCAAAAGAGGCUCCAGCACAACCAGCCCCAGAGAAAGCCCGGGUCGAUAUCAAGAAAUUCGUUAAAAUUGGAAGACCCGGUUACAAAGUAACCAAACAAAGGGACCCAGACAAUGGCCAGCAGAGUUUAUUGUUUCAGAUCGACUACCCUGAGAUUGUGGAAGGAAUUGCACCACGUCACAGAUUCAUGGCAGCUUAUGAACAAAAAGUGGAGCCACCAGACAGAAAAUGGCAGUAUCUGUUGUUUGCUGCAGAACCUUAUGAAACAAUAGCAUUCAAGGUACCCAGCAGAGAAGUAGACAAAGAUCCUAAAAAGCUCUGGUCCUACUGGAACAGAGAAACAAAACAGUUUUUUCUACAGUUUGCCUUCAAGAUAGAAUCCAAAGCACCAAUGCCACUCCCUCCCCCACCCACAGAGGGAAAGAAAGAGCCACAAGUUCCAGCUAGUUCAGCCUCAUCAGCACCACAGCUUCCUCCCCCUCCUCGCAUGCCUCCACCCCCAAGAAUGCCUCCCCCACCCCCUAUGGCACAAGCAGGAGGACCCCCCAUGCCACCUCGUUCCACUGGGCCUCCAUUGGGUCCAGGCAUGCCCCCACCCCCUAUGCCGCCUGGAGGCAUUCCCCCUCCUGGGCCCCCUCCCAACAUGCCAGCCCCUCCCCCUCCCCCUGUACCGCCACCAGUUCCUCCUCCUGGUAUGCCUCCUGGGGCACCAAAUAUUGCUCCCCCUCCUCCUCCUCCCCCAAAAUAAAGACAUCAUCACAACUGGUGUACAUGUACAAAUAUAUUGACAUGACAACUGGUGUUCAUGUACAAAUAUAUUGACAUCAUUACAACUGGUGUUCAUGUACAAAUAUAUUGAUGUCAUCACAACUGAUGUACAUGUACAAAUAUAUUGACAUCAUCACAACUGGUGUUCAUGUACAAAUACUGCAUAUUCAUAUGAUUGUUAUGAGUCUCAAUCAUUAUUGUCAUAUAGAUGAAUAAAAGAAUUGAUUUUUA